GCCACGUACGGGUCCGUGCUCUGACGGUUAUCCCACGGUCUGGUCGUCAACAGUAAAUUACUUUUAUUAGAUAACCGUCGCAAUGUUAACCACAUAUGAGCUAUUUUAACUACUCUGAAGUAGUUUUUUCUUGACAGACGUGCGGAGUAUAAGGUUUUGAAUGAAGGUUCCCCGCUGGGACUGUAAAGCGGGAGGAGGGGGCAGCUUGUGGUGGGGUCGUCCAGGCUAUCGGAUCUGGGAUCUGCUCACAGUUAAAACCAGACAGACGGAGGCUUGUUCGGGCCAGAGCUGAGCUGGACGGUCGGACACUUCUCUCCGAAGAGGACACGGAGUUUUAAAGUUUUAUUUAUUCACCACGGACGAUUUAAGGGACGGAAAAGUUGGAAAUAACAAAGAAAAGUUUCACUCUGGAUCUGGGCGCUUGUCUCCUGUCAGGACUGCGAGCUGCUGGACUGUAAGCUAAUAAUUCACUCUGGAAGUUAUCACUUUUAACAGACUGCUAGCUAAGCUUUAGCUUUUAAAUAUAAUUGGUUGGAACUUAACUUUAUUGAAGCGGACACACAAAGUAUCUUCAAAAUGGAUAAAUACGAGGAUUUAGGACUAGAGGCGAGUAAGUUUAUCGAGGACCUCAACAUGUAUGAAGCAUCCAGAGAUGGUUUAUUUCGAAUGAGAAGGGACGCAGGAAAUAACCCCGACUUUGAAGAGACACGAAGAGUUUUUGCCUCCAAAAUGACUAAAAUACACAUGCAGAAACAGCAAGAGGAGAUGGCAAAAAACAACCAGGCCAUUAGAAUGAAUGGGGGUCACAACAGCACAUAUUACACUAAAGACAGACCGCCCAUCAAUAGUUACAGACAGCCGGGUGAAGCGGCAGCGAAGCCCCCGAUACUCUCUGGUCCUGUGCCGGGCACCACGACCGGGAGUCCGUACGCACAGUUUGACGGCCAGAAACAACACACAGGCAUCCAGUCUGAACUUCCAGCCGGCAGGGCAUAUGGCUACGGAAACAGUUACGAUAAUAAGGAGCGCUUAGAGCCACAUUCAUACCAGCACAACACCCCUACUCCCCCCAGCCCAGGAAACGCGUCUCAUAGCGCGCCCACACAUGCUCGUCACCCGGUCAGCCAGCCCGCUGCCUGGGCCCCAUCCAGAGAGAGCCAGCUUUCCCCAUCUUUGCCUGGGUCUGGGGGCAACAGUGCAUCUCAGCAGCAGCCGCAGCGCCUUCCUGCACCCCCCACCGUCAACAGUCUUCCAUCCCAGCAGAGUCAGGUCGUCACCCCUUCUGUAAACCGGAGUCCACCCUCCUCUGCUGGGCCAGCCAUAGGAUGGGCUGGAGAGCCUUCUGGAUCAGCAAAACCAGACCUACUCCCAGCCCUGCCUCUGAGUGCCUUCACAGGAGGAGCUGAUUUCCAUGUGCAGCAGCCCUCCGUACAGCCUGCAGCCCAUUAUGCACCACCUUCUCCAACUUCAAGACCCUCUACUAGCCAUAAUGGUCCUGUGCCAGCUUCCCCUAUCGUGCCUGCACCUUCUGAGACACCUCAACCCAAAGCCCAGGUGAUAUCCGCUACCUUGAGCCAUGGCAAUGUCUCCAAAAGCAGCAGCCAGGGCCAAGGUCAGAGCCAAAUACCUAGCUAUGGACAGGUUUCCAGAGUUGAAGCUGAAGUCCCAUGUUCCCCCAAGCCUGUCCAGCUAACCUGCCAGCCUCUCCUCACACAACCCCCUGAACAGGGGCCUUCUGCUGCUGAAAUAAAAUUAGAAGCUCUCACUAAACGCCUGGAAAAAGAGAUGGAUGCCCAACCAAAGGCAGACUACUUUGGAGUCUGUGUCAAAUGUAACAAGGCAGUGUAUGGAGCCAACCAGGCCUGCCAGGCUAUGGGUAGCCUCUACCAUGACAGCUGCUUCACCUGCAGUGCCUGUAGUCGAAGGCUGAGAGGGAAGGCUUUCUACUAUGUCGGAGGGAAGGUUUUCUGUGAAGAGGACUUUCUGUACUCUGGUUUCCAGCAGUCUGCGGACAAGUGCAACGCAUGUGGACAUCUGAUUAUGGACAUGAUCCUGCAGGCCCUCGGGAAGUCCUACCACCCUGGCUGUUUCCGCUGUGUCGUCUGUAAUGAGAGCCUUGAUGGAGUGCCCUUCACUGUGGACACUGAAAAUAAGAUCUACUGUGUCAAAGACUACCACAAGGUCCUGGCCCCUAAAUGUGCAGCCUGUAACCAGCCCAUCCUGCCCUCAGAGGGGUCUGAUGAAACCAUUCGAGUUGUAUCCAUGGACAAAGACUAUCACGUGGAAUGUUAUCACUGUGAGGACUGUAAGAUGGAACUGAACGACGAGGAGGGUCACCGGUGCUACCCUCUGAACGGCCACCUUCUCUGCCACUCCUGCCACCUGAAGCACAUUGAGCCUGGCUGCUCCUCUUCCAUCACCGCCGCCUCCUACUAACACUGCUGUAGAUGAAGGGAGACACCUGGUGGAUUUAAGAAAGAACUGCCAAAGAGUGACUUGAACUGCAGAAGUGGAUAUACAAUUCUUGUUGUAGAGGAUUGAUUGAUUUAGUGCCUGUGGUUUGAUGUGUAUUUUGACAGGGGUGUUAAUGAAGUCUCCAUUAUGCAGAACCUAAAAAGGUUAUGACCCAGUAAUGAAGUAUUGUAAUACACCAAAGCCCUACUCUGAAUGAAGCGAAGCAUUGCGCUGUACCUGCUACAUAGUGACUCUGCAGAAGUUUUGCCUUAAGAAUAUUUUUAUGUAAAUAUCAGUUGCAUUGGCUGUGUAAAUAUCUUAUAGUCAAUUUGUUUUAGAUACAGUGUGCCUUCAACUUCACAUUCACACCUCUGUUGUGAAAUUACAAUUCAAAGUGUAUCUGUAAAUCUUCUGUCCAAAGGUGAUGAUCAUUUGUAAAAAUUAUGUGUCGGUCAACUCCACACAAAUCACAGGUACAUUAUGUUUCAGUCACAUAGAAAGGAGAGACAGCUGCUCACUCAGAAGUUUGAAAAUAAUGGAUCAGUCAUACGACACUCUGCUUCAUGUAAUCAGUAAUGGCAAUGGCUUUUGUUUUGGAUGCCUACAGUUCAACUCUGGCCAUGGGGGGGGGGGGGGUUGCAGUUAAUGCAAUAAUAACAGAUAGUGCCUAUUUAUACAUAAGAGAAAUACAGAGUGGCUGUGUUGUGUGUUGGGGGACAUUUUGUGAAUUCUGAGUAUGUUGACCUGCACACAGAGCCAACAAUUUUGUUCAUUUUUACUAUGCAAGUACUGGUAGGCAAUAAAUUACAUCUAAUAACAUUUUGAACACAACCAAUUCAUAGAAGUGCAGGUUCCUCUGCCUUUAUAAACUCAAACUCAGAACAUUUUUAUGACUUCCUUUUUGUUAAGUCUGAGUAAGAAUACUGAAGAUUGCCAGGUAAUACAUUUCUGUAGUGAAUCAACAGCCUUUCUUUGUUGUUACAUGAAGCCCGUUCCAAGCACUUAGAGAUAGAUGUGUGUUUUCUGUGCACCUAUGAAGAGGUUGGUAUUAGACCUAUAGAUCUAUGUAUUUUAUUACAUUUGAAACAUUGUAUAUUUAAAAAAAGAUAUAUAUUGUAGGCCAAUAUUCAUUUACAAUUGUUUCAUUUUGACUUGUGUGUAAAACCCCUUCAAUACUAAUUUGAUUUGCAGUGGGAAGUACCUACCUUUGCCUACCUUUGCCAUCCAAAUGUUAUUCAUGUUCUCAGUUUACUAACUUAAUACUUUGUUUGUCAUUUGAGGUCCUUAUGUCAUAGCCAACUGAAAAUGAAAAUGAAGAGUAAACAUAUACGUAUGAUUGUUGUAAAGAAAAUAUUUAAUAAAUGCAUUGC